GAUCCUUGAAGUAAUUAGUUAAUUGUGAUUUAUUCUGUUAACAACAAACCACCAUAAACAAUCCGAUAAUCUUGAAUCAUGUUGCGAUUUGCAGUCUUGGCAACUCUUGUUGCUCUUUCCUAUGGAUUAGCUGUUUCAGUUAAUGAAUUGAAACAACAUUUUGAAGCUUUCAAAGCAAAUCACAGUAUCGUUUACGAUGAUAAAGCUGAAGAAGCUCAUCGAUUUGAAGUUUUCUCUAAAAAUUUCGCCUUCAUCAAGGAACACAACUCAAAGGCUGCCAAUGGUGAAUUCUCAUUUACUCUUGGUGUCAACAAAUUCGCUGACUUGACUUUCGAUGAAUUCUCAGCCCGAUACUUGACCUACAAGGGUGAAGCCAAGAAACCAGCUCCACUUUUACACAAUCAUCUUGCCGCUAAAGAUGUUCCAACCUCCGUUGACUGGAGAGACAAGGGAGCCGUUACUGGUGUUAAAGAUCAAGGUUCAUGUGGAUCAUGUUGGGCUUUCUCAGCUUGUGCAGCCAUCGAAGGUGCCAAUUUCCUCAAGAAUGGUAAACUUGUUUCCCUCAGUGAACAAAAUCUUGUCGACUGUGAUCGAAGCCAAGAUGAAGGUUGUAAUGGUGGUUUAAUGGAUAACGCUUUUGACUAUGUCAUCUCAAACAAGGGUAUUGAUACCGAAGAUUCUUAUCCAUACAAGGGUAAAGACGGUUCAUGUUCAUUUGAUGCCAGUAAAGUUGGUGCCACCAUCACCUCAUACGCUGAUGUUGCCAGUGGUGACGAAGCUGCUUUAGCCAGUGCUGUUGCCCAACAACCAACUUCCGUUGCAAUUGAUGCUUCACUCUUCCUUCAACUUUACUCUGGUGGUAUUUUCGAUAUUGGUUUCCUCUGUUCCUCAGACGCUAAAAGCCUUAAUCAUGGUGUUACCGCUGUUGGUUAUGGUACCGAUAAGAAGGACUUCUGGAUCAUCAAGAACUCAUGGGGAUCAGGUUGGGGUGAAAAGGGUUUCUUCCGAAUGGCCCGAGGCAAAAAUCUCUGUGGUGUUGCCACUCAAGCCUCUUACCCUGUUGUCUAAUUAAGAUAAUACUAAUUUUCCACCUCUGUUUCCACUUCCUCUUCCUCAGAAUAUCAAUUUCAAUGAAAAUUAAAACAACAAAUUACAAAACUUGCCAUCUAAUGUAACAGUAUUAUAACAAUAAAACAAUCAUAUUUUGAUAUUUUGCCAAAUUAA